GAGCUGAUGCUGUUGGGCAGCAGUUGCUGCAGAAGGUGAACACACUCACAAGUUACGCUUAAGUUUGCGCAGUUCGGAUCCUGGGCUUAUCGCUCUCACUGUCAGAUGGCGAGACUUGUCCUCGGAUUCCUGUCGCUGAUGGCUCUCCCCUGGGCAACUUACCAAAACACCCAACAAGUCCAGGAAGGGACAAGUGUGUCUGUGCCUUGUAGCCUGAGAGCCGACGAUCGCAUUUACUGGUUCAGACACAGCAAAGGAAAGAACCCGGAGUUUCUGCUCUAUGUUUCACCCUUAGGGAGAGUUUCACCCUCUGUGGAUGCAAAUUUCGAAGCUACAGUUACACAUCUCAAAAUUAAAAAAUUUGCCAAGAGGGAUACUGGAAGCUAUUUCUGCUUGAUGCUGCAAAACUCGAAGCUGGAGUUCGGAAAGGUUAAUGAUUUCCAUUUACCUGAGGUUACAACCAUUGCCACAAAGGUUUCAACCACCAAACUGCCCCCGCCGAAAACUGAGGCUCCACAGACAUCAACAACCCAGCCCAGCAGAGGGAUUGCAGAUGACAGGUUUUCCUGCCACUUGAUCAUCUGGACAUCGCUCGCAGGCGUUUCCUCCCUGUUGCUGGUGAUUCUAGUCACCGUUUCCAUCCUUUACUGUAAACGACCCCGUAGGAGACGCUGCCAACACCAGUUCCGAAAGAGACCAAUGCCUGAGGAGGACAGAAGGCUACCAAACAACUAUUACUAACAUAUUUCCAAAAAACAAUCGUUGUACAAAAACAAGACAAAAAAAGCACAUUUCAACAAUCACUUUGAUCUAAGCAACGUCUGGCUAAUUGUUAACACGAGCACAUUUUGAAGACUAAAAUGGAGCUUUGCUGGGGCACCUAUCUACCAGGACAGUGAGUCAGAUGGAAAUGAAACUAUCGAUUUUCAAAAAACAAUGAAAUUGAUCCAUGAUCCGAAGGUGGAGCUCAGCAUUUUGCGCGCUUGGCGAUAAAACGCAGGCUUGAACUAUCAUUUCAAUUCCUUUUCCUUGUUUUUGACCACUAUCCACGACCAUCACCUUCAGCCUCUCUGCCCUCACGGUUUGGAAUUCCAUCCCACAGUCCC